AGUUUGAUCUUCCAUGACUUUUAAUAAAAAUUAGCAUCAUUAAUCACUACUUACAAGAAUUGCUGAAAAUAUUAAAGCUUACCACUGGCCUCUCCCCAGGUGGAUGGUUUUCAGCGGAAGAAUAGUGAUAUUAUGUUGUGCUUUGGGCGGUCACGCCGUCAAUAUGAUCCCUUUCUCUUACGGCAUGUUCUUGCCCUACGUGUAUUCCUAUAUCUACGAGUUUGACUCCUCUAUAAAGAUGUCUAUGAUGCAUGUCCACGCCCCUCUUUGUUUAACAGUUGCUACCGGCACAGCUUGGACUUUCGGAGUUUUUCAGAAAUGGAUACACCAGCGAGUGUUACACGUGAUAAACGGACUGGGCCUGUGUCUGUGGAUGGUGGUUAUGUAUCUGUUCGGAGACAAUUACCUCGUUAUCACUCUCGCUAUAGCUCUGACGGGGUUCCAUGCGGGUCAGCUUCACGUGUUUUUCUCACAGAGGGUAACAGAGGAGGGAAAGAGGUACCCCUCAACUGCUAACGGUUUCUAUGGUUUCCUGUUCGGACUCGCAGGAGUUUGGGGAAAUAUUAUGAGCAGUCUGUAUAUCAACCCUUGGAGUGUUGCCCCGGUUGAAAUAGCGUCAAAUCUCUCAACGGCCGGAAGCUCGUACAUAUUUGUAGAUGAGCGGGUAUUGGAGAGAGUACCUCACAAUUGGCUGCUGUUGGCUAUAGUCAUGAUAGUCCUUCUUUUUCCAGGAUUCUUUAUCAUAGCAAAAACAGCCAAAGAUCACGAAGAAGAGUUAGAGGGGCUUCUAGAAAAGAGCGGAGAUCAUCACUCAAUGAGUAAAGUCAAAGAGAUCGAAGAAAACGAACAAAGCAUUUUCUCAAUGACCGGAUUUACUUUAUUCUUUACAACGAUAGGGAUAGGGACGAGUAGUAUGUGUGCAUUUGACUUGUUUAAAGAUUAUGGUCUUAAGAAGAUUGACGAUGAUGGUUUCCUUAAUUUAGCAGGAAUGCUAAUACCAAUAGUGGGAGCUGUUGGAAGAAUAGUUUGGGGAACACUGGGGGACAAAGUGAGCCUGAGAACUCUGUUCGUAACAGGAAAUGCACUUUCGUCCUUACUGCAGGCGUUGAUGUACCCGUGCAGAAAGAACAAGUACAGCUACGUCAUCGUAACAGCCAUGUUAUCCAUUAUGCCUGGAAUGAUGACACUGCUACCACCCUCAGUAAAGAAGUUUAUGGGAACUAGCAACAUUGCCUUCAAAUACGGCAUUAUUCUUACAGGGGAAGUUGUAGGGUGUAUGUUCUAUUUGAUUCUCACCUCUGUGCUCUGGAAAUACCUCAGCGAUUUGACACUAGUUCUCAUUCUCGGAAUCCCUGCUGCUUUAGCCAUUAUACCUACACUCAUCUUCAUUAAAGACGAUCAAACUAGUCAAGUAGGAAAUAUAAACUUCGACUAAAAUUAAGAUCUAAUAUCAUUUCAAGGAGUAUAGUAGAUAUUCGGAUAUGAUCUGAGAAAUACUAAAGGCCAGAGAUUAGAAUGUGAAGAAAAAGACGGUAUAUAGGGCCGAAAUCAGAUAAUAUGUGAAGAUAAGAAAAGUAAGAGUUGUGGUCACAGGGCCCUCAUUUCCGAUAAACAAACUGUAUUUAUGAUUGCAGACCCGACCCCAAAGAUCGAUCCGUGGCCGUAGUCAGUAGUGUAAUGAAAGCGCCCUAAAAGAACUAUGAGGUGAUUCUACUCGUUAGCAAGUUAUGAUUAAUGUUAUGCUAAAGAUACCAUUUUUAGUUUCUUUAGGUAUUUUAAAUCAUAUUGAAUCUGAUCAGUAAUAGUUUGUUAGGUAUUUAUUUUAAUUUGUGUAAAUGGGUUCGAUUAUCAUUUAAAGUUUAUGUAACAAGCGAAAUUAGACAAUUUUAUUUAACUAAGGUAAAUCUUAAAAGAUUGAUGCAUGAAUUUAGCAAUGUUGUAUUAUUCAAAUAAAUACACCUGAAUCAAUCGGAUCAAGUUGGCAAUAAUAUCUAAGAGAUUAGCUUGGUGUAUAGUAGUACUUUUAUCAUAAAGCUAUGUAAAGACCUGUAGAGUCUGAAGAAGUGAAGUAAAUAACAGAAUCUAAAGAGACAAACAAAUAACGAAGGAAUUUCGAGAUGGGAACUAUUUUGAUUUAUAGUUUUUUAAAUUUGAAUUUUAUAGUUUACUCAAAAUGAAAUCCGUGUUUCGUUCAA